UUUACCUUGACUAAAUGCAAAGACAUACAUCGGUCCAGUUUUGAUUUCUGUGAAUCCGUUCAAGCAAAUGCCAUACUUCACAGAGAAGGAGAUCGAACAAUAUCAAGGAGCUGCAUCCUACGAGAACCCACCUCACAUCUAUGCACUGUCUGACAACAUGUAUCGGAAUAUGCUAAUUGACAAUGAAAGCCAGUGUGUUAUCAUAAGCGGAGAAAGUGGAGCUGGAAAAACUGUUGCAGCAAAAUUCAUCAUGGGAUAUAUUUCACAAGUAUCUGGAGGUGGAACUCGCGUUCAGGUUCACUUCUUUUUUUUAUAUAUAUCUCUCUUUCUAUAAAAUAAUAAUUUUUAA